CAUCCGUUUGAAAGUUGCGCGUAUGCAGGAAUAUCUUUCGUAAAAAGCAACGAUGCGUUUAUGUGUGCAGAUAUUUAUUUUUUUCCUGAUCGUGAAUGAGUUUGGUUUUUUAGUGUCGUCAAAAUUAAACGUUCCAAGGGUACUGUUACCGUACUUUGAAACUUUUUCAACAAACUUCACUUUGGAAGUAACUGAAGGAGGUUGUUACAAAUGGUCAUCUUCGCGGAUGGCCAUCGUGCAGGUGACGCCCGUGGACGUGGACCCUGGCCUGGGCUGCUCGGCACGGGCGGUCGUGUCCUCUGUCUCCAAGGACAAGGCCAGAAACACCGCAAUCAUAUUUGCAGAAGAAGUGCACUCGGGCCAGUUGUUGCGCUGUGAUGUCAUCGUCGACGUCAUAUGCUCGCUCUUCAUCAUCACGACAACGCGUGAGCUUUACAUGGAAGAAGCACCGGAGAUAUUUGAAGUGCGAGCAUACGAUGAACAAGGAAAUGAAUUUUCAACUUUGGAAGGUGUGGAAUUUCUUUGGACCCUGGCCACCAUUGGUUCCAUGGAUGACUUGAAGACUAGUAGCAAAGUGCUAAGGUUUAUCACAUUCAGAGACUCCCCGUAUGAAACACCACCUGCCAUUGAGCAGUUUGAACAGAGUGGUCGCCGGGGCAACAUGGUGCUUCUAGAAGGAUCAAAGACAGGCUCUGCUAAGGUGUCUGUAAGGCUGCCACACCAAGAGUACAGUCAUGUGUCACCGACAGAGGUCCAGUUGAUGGUUGUUGCCAACCUGAUCAUAGAUCCUGUGGAUGUUUACAUCAUGCCUUGUGACACAGUACUCUUCCAGAUUCUGCAGGUGCAGAGUGGGCGGCUGUCGAGGAUCCCACUGCCGUCGCCACAGUACUACCUGGAGGUGCAGGACCCCAGCGUGGCCGCCAUCAGCGACGAGGGCCUGGCAACGGGCCGGCUGGCGGGCAAGAGCAGAGUGCUGCUUCACGACCGCAAUGUGGAGGACAAGGAGAGCGUGAAGAUGCCCUCCGUGUCCAUCACUGUGGUCAAGCCCUACUCCAUGUCCCUGGCAGUGCUGCCACAUCGCAACUGGGCACUCCUUCUCCGGGAGAACUGCCAGAUCGUGGUCGAGAUCUACGAGAGGAAUGAUCACAAAAUACACAUUGGCAGCAAGACCCAAGUAGCAGUGAAAAUCCCAGCAGAGUAUUUCCACGUUGAGGAGAGCACAAAGAACAAGACACACAACUCUGGAUGGCCAGUGCAAGUAGGGAGGGCCGUCGUGAAGGCAGAGUUGUUAGGAGUGCAUGGCUGUGCCUCGGGUACCUUGCAGUGCAUCUCGGCACAAGCUGAGAUGUUCAUCUUCGACAAGAUUGUGGUUGUGCCCUCGCAAGUGGUACUUCCUUGGGACCCGCUUCUGAAGCCACGGUACGAGGUGAAACUGAGUGUCACGGGUGGCGAUGGUGACUUCUUGUGGAGCAGCAGCAAUGUCGGGGUGGCAGCAGUCACCCAGUCCGGAGUGAUCAACACCCAGUCCCUGGGUGUGGCCAGCAUCAUCGCCUCAAUGACCCGCAACCAGCACAACAGGGGAGUGGCUCGAGUGUGGAUCGUACCACCCACCGAUCUCAAGAUAGUCAGCUACAUCAUGGCAGCUGAACUGGGAACUCCUGUCUACCUUCACGUGGCAUUGUUUGUGGAAAAGCAAUUUGACGACGAGAAUAAACGUGAGAAGGAUGCCGUCAGGAUGUCGUUCACUCAGUGCGGUGUCGUUCCUUUCGAGGUGGUCACUUCGAACGCUAAUUUUGCAUGCAACCCGGACUUGAAGAUCACUCCGCUGAACGAGGCUUGUACGACUCUUGCCAUAGUGGGGACUGUGUUGGGUGUGUCUCGAGUAACCAUCUCCUAUGUGUUGGAAGAUGGUCGCAGGCUCUCCGACACGGUUGCCAUCGCCACGUACCGUCCCUUGAAAGCCGUGCACCCACGAUCUGGAGAGACAGUGCUGGCAGUUGGUUCUUCCAGGAUGAUUGCGUUUGCUGGUGGGCCGCAGCCGUGGCUUGAUGCCAAGGCCAAACACACUAAGAAGUUAUCUCUGAGCGGAGGCACGGCACAAGAGCUGAGAGUGAACGAAUUACAUGAUGUGCAAACAGACAAGGGAAACUUGUAUGUGUACAAAGUGGUUUGCCUGACCCUUGGAAGUUUUGAUGUUACACUCCAUGUGUCAAACAUUUUAGAGGAUGAGCAUUCAAAGCCAUCAAGUUCACAAGCUUUUGUGAAAGUGUAUUGUGCCAAACCCUGUCACAACAUUCUCUAUGUUAAACUGGAACCUCAUGAUGCUGACCAUUGUCCGUUGAAAGCCAACUCCGAUAAAGUAGUUGUGCAUAAUUACAAAGAUUUUGACAUUGAUGUGGUAGUGCAGGAUGCUAACGGCCGAAAAUUCGACAAUGUGUCAAGUUUACAUUUUGAUUGGAUAGUUUCUAAUAAUUCUUUGGGUAGGAUCUUAAAGGAAGAUGGUGUGUUUGUAAAGGACGAAUUUGAUGGUGAUAUUCUCAUUCCAGGCAACAGUUAUCAGAUCCUGGCUCCAUCACGCCAACCUGGUGUUACCGAAGUGUCGUCGAUAGUGUCUGGGUAUCGCAAAUCUACGUUACUGAAUGCAGAUUUUAAAAUUGAAAAGCCUCCAUUUGGUACACCAGAUGCCAAUGGCUAUCUUCACACUCCAGAAAUAAAAGGAAAGAUCACAGUCAUUCUAGUUGACAAUAUUUCCGUGGUCCCUACUCGGACAACUAUUUUCAACCAUCCUGACAAUAAGGUGAAGUUACUGGUGAUCCAUGGUUCAGGAUUUUUCAAUAUCACAGUUAACACUCCUGAGGUGGCCAGUUUGCAGUAUGUUCAAGGCUCAAGGGUAAUUGAGGUUACGCCCGAGAAUGAUGGUCUUCUCAAGUUGGCGAUCAUUGACUUGUGCCUUAAAUCAAAGGCUGCCCUGGCUGAGAUUACGGUUCUUGGAUUAGGUGCAAUCGAAGUGAACGUUUUGGAUAAAGUUGAGCGUGGUAGCUUUGUGAGGGCCAUCGUUCGCCUCUUUGAUUCCGUGGGUAAUGCCCUUGCCAUUCCCGGAGAGUCUUUGUUGGAACUUCGUGCUUUACCAGGGGCACCCAUCAUUUCUGUUGAACGUGAGGUGAAGUGUGAUGACUGUGCUGCACACGAGAUGAGUUUCAUUGUUACUGGAGUAGAAUUGGGUGACACAGUCUUGGUUUUCACCUCCCAGCAAGGAAAGCAUGCAAUACGUAGCCGGUCCGUACCCAUUCAGGUGUUCCCGCCUUUGAAACUGUUUCCUCGCAACUUGACGCUGAUCAUGCGGUCUGCAUUUCAGGUCACGAGUCGUGGUGGUCCUCAACCAGACUGUGAUGUUGAAUAUUCGGUUGGUACUCGUGACAUUGCUUCUGUGAGUACGUGCGGCAUUGUGAAAGGCGUGGCAUUCGGUAAGACAGUUAUUACUGGUCGAGUAGUGGGUAUAAAUACCAUGAACGGACAAAAAAUAGCUUAUUCAGAAGACAGCAUUGAUGUAUUUGUAGUGCCACUGAAAGGAAUUAAAAUUUUCUCUCCUCUGCGCAGACUUAAAGUUGGAUGUUCUAUGCCGGUUUAUGCUACAGGACUACCGGACAUCUCUCCUCUCAUUUUGGGUUCUGUAAGUCCACCCAUUUAUUACAAAUGGGGGGUUCACCCAAAAGAUGUGGCAGUACUGGAAAAUGUCUUUGAAAGUCUUCAUGUUAAAUAUCGAGAUGAAGACAAAAUUUAUCUACACUUGAAAGUGCUAAAGGUUGGACGGAUAACACUGUCCCUGAAUGCUUCGGUGCCAUCGGCCAUAGUUCAUGGCACUCGUAUCCCGACUGAACCUCUGGUCACAUUCCAUGAUUCUGUGGAUGUACAUGUGUUUAGCAACCUCAAACUCCUGAUGCCUGCAAGCGUGGCUGUCGGCAACCCAUACAGAGUUCUCAUGGCUCCAGAUACACAGAUCCAGCUGAAGACCAAUCGUGACGGAGCUGCAGACAUGUUUUAUAACGUCCAGCACCAAGUGUCGCAUUUUCAGGAUGCCUCGACAGCCCUCGAGAAUACGACCAGGCCAUCUGUUUCUUUUCAUGUUGUGUCGGUGGACAAGAAUGGUCUGGUGAAGGCAGAUGGCUGGUUGGGUCACUCCUUCAUCAUGGUGACAGCACUUGAGGACUCCAAUGUUAAACAGAGUUUCACCAUUGCUGCAGUUGUGGAGCAAGUGUCGUACAUGAUGGUGAAUGUUCGUGCCAACUUCAUCAUGCACCGCGAGCAGGAAGUGAUAUCCGCGCUGCCCAAAGGUGUGGAUGUCGAGUUGUACGUGUCGUACCACGACAACGUGGGCAACAGGUUCACGUCAAUGCGCUCCGACCUGAAGGUGCGCGGCAACAGGUUUGACAUCUGCGACGCGCGCCGCGGCAGUGACAACCGCACUCUGGUGGUGCAGCUGCUGCAGCCGGGCAAGUCCAUGCUGAAGCUGUGGGACCCGCACGUGCACUCGCGCGUGGUGGACUACCUGCCUCUGCGCGUCGCCGAGUCCAUCUACCCUGCGCUGACACACCUGACAAUUGGAGACGUGGUGUGUUUCACGUCAGCGAUGACGAGGCCUGAUGGCAAGCCAGGCCUGUGGAACACAUCCGACAUGAAGAUGCUCAAGCUGUAUCCGUUUGUGGGCAUAGGCAAGGCCAAGCUGGCGGGCUCCGUCACUGUGCGCUACAGGCUGGAUGAUGACUUUGAUGCCAGCACUUUAGAAAUUGAAAUUGUGCCUGUUGACUCUAUAAAGUUCCUGCCAAUGCCGGGGAUGGGGGCGUUGAGCAACUCGAGGCCAGACAUGGUGUACAGCAUCCCGCUGCUGCUCUCCAGCAAGAGGGACGUGAACAAAGCUAACAACAUAGUCGCCAGAAACAACACUUGCCAUUCCGUCAUGGCGAUGACCACUUAUCCUUACAUGUGCGAGCUCAAGUUUGACAGUCCUGUCAAGAACUUGGAGGUCAUGAACAUAUUUGCAGUCCAUCAAGCUUUCGACAGUGAUACAGGAACGUACCAGUGCCGGAUCAUCCCAUCGGGCUUGUUGUCCUACAACGUGAGUGUGCUGAACACCAACUUCAGCCUGUUUGUGAUGAGGAAUGGCUUGAAGUCGUCUCCGCUGCACAUUCCCUUCAUGCCGGCCGUUUUCCUGCACACGACGGAGCUACAGCUCAGCGAUCUGCAGGUGGUGGACCUGGUGACGAUAUCCGGCCGGAGGGAUGUCCUCUCCCAAGUGCAGGUGUUGCCUGGGAAUGACUUGUUGCUGAGUGUGGAUGCUGCAGAGUUUGAGAGUGACACACGUGUUUCGUUCAGAGUGUACUUGAAGCCGUAUUACUGGCAGCUGGGCGAGCUCAGCACUCACUUGUCCGUGUUUGUGGUGUCUGAUAUCUCUUAUCAGAAGGUUGAGGUUCCCGUGAAAGUUCGUCUCUCAGGGAGCCCUUUCGGAGAUUCAACUUGUGUUGUGCCGAUGGAUCUGGUACAUUUCUGGAAGGAUUAUUUAAAAUACUUCCUUGCCAUUGUUUUGAUUGUUGUAGGGGCAGGGUUUUUUUAUUUCAGAUAAGUAUUUUCAAACUGCAUCCAAUUGGGGUAGCAGCUGUUCAUUAUGUGUCGGGCCAGAGCAACUCUACAGACACUUCGCAGGCGCUCAUGGCACAGUCACUCCUGUACACCAGUGCAUCUCAGUACGGGACAGUGACAUCCACAACGCUCCAUCGCAGCAGGCGGUUCUUGUGACUAGCGCACUGUGGUGCAGUGACGUUAUAGAGCAGGUGUUGACACCAGUGCCUCUCAGUAUGGGACAGUGACACCCACAACGCUCCAUUGCAGCAGGAGGUUCUUGUGACUAGCGCACUGUGGUGCAGUGACGUUAUACAGCAGGUGUCAACACCAGUGCCUCUCAGUACGGGACAGUGACACCCACAAUGCUCCAUUGCAGCAGGCGGUUCUUGUGACUAGCGCACUGUGGUGCAGUGACGUUAUAGAGCAGGUGUCGACACCAGUGCCUCUCAGUACGGGACAGCGACACCCACAACGCUCCAUCGCAGCAGGCGGUUCUAGUGACUAGUGCACUGUGGUGCAGUGACGUUAUAGAGCAGGUGUCGACACCAGUGCAUCUCAGUACGGGACAGCGACACCCACAACGCUCCAUCGCAGCAGGCGGUUCUUGUGACUAGCGCACUGUGGUGCAGUGACGUUAUAGAGCAGGUGUUGACACCAGUGCCUCUCAGUAUGGGACAGUGACACCCACAACGCUCCAUCGCAGCAGGCGGUUCUUGUGACUAGUGCACUGUGGUGCAGUGACGUUAUAGAGCAGGUGUCGACACCAGUGCAUCUCAGUACGGGACAGCGACACCCACAACGCUCCAUCGCAGCAGGCGGUUCUUGUGACUAGUGCACUGUGGUGCAGUGACGUUAUAGAGCAGGUGUCGACACCAGUGCAUCUCAGUACGGGACAGCGACACCCACAACGCUCCAUCGCAGCAGGCGGUUCUUGUGACUAGCGCACUGUGGUGCAGUGACGUUAUAGAGCAGGUGUCGACACCAGUGCAUCUCAGUACGGGACAGCGACACCCACAACGCUCCAUCGCAGCAGGCGGUUCUUGUGACUAGCGCACUGUGGUGCAGUGACGUUAUAGAGCAGGUGUCGACACCAGUGCCUCUCAGUACGGGACAGUGACACCCACAACGCUCCAUCGCAGCAGGCGGUUCUUGUGACUAGUGCACUGUGGUGCAGUGACGUUAUAGAGCAGGUGUCGACACCAGUGCAUCUCAGUACGGGACAGCGACACCCACAACGCUCCAUCGCAGCAGGCGGUUCUUGUGACUAGCGCACUGUGGUGCAGUGACGUUAUAGAGCAGGUGUCGACACCAGUGCCUCUCAGUACGGGACAGUGACACCCACAACGCUCCAUUGCAGCAGGCGGUUCUUGUGACUAGCGCACUGUGGUGCAGUGACGUUAUAGAGCAGGUGUCGACACCAGUGCAUCUCAGUACGGGACAGUGACACCCACAACGCUCCAUUGCAGCAGGCGGUUCUUGUGACUAGCGCACUGUGGUGCAGUGACGUUAUAGAGCAGGUGUUGACACCAGUGCCUCUCAGUAUGGGACAGUGACACCCACAACGCUCCAUUGCAGCAGGCGGUUCUUGUGACUAGCGCACUGUGGUGCAGUGACGUUAUAGAGCAGGUGUCGACACUAGUGCAUCUCAGUACGAGACAGCGACACCCAAAACGCUCCAUCGCAGCAGGCGGUUCUUGUGACUAGCGCACUGUGGUGCAGUGACGUUAUAGAGCAGGUGUCGACACCAGUGCCUCUCAGUACGGGACAGCGACACCCACAACGCUCCAUUGCAGCAGGCGGUUCUUGUGACUAGUGCACUGUGGUGCAGUGACGUUAUAGAGCAGGUGUCGACACCAGUGCAUCUCAGUACGGGACAGUGACACCCACAACGCUCCAUUGCAGCAGGCGGUUCUUGUGACUAGCGCACUGUGGUGCAGUGACGUUAUAGAGCAGGUGUUGACACCAGUGCCUCUCAGUAUGGGACAGUGACACCCACAACGCUCCAUUGCAGCAGGCGGUUCUUGUGACUAGCGCACUGUGGUGCAGUGACGUUAUAGAGCAGGUGUCGACACCAGUGCAUCUCAGUACGAGACAGCGACACCCACAACGCUCCAUCGCAGCAGGCGGUUCUUGUGACUAGCGCACUGUGGUGCAGUGACGUUAUAGAGCAGGUGUCGACACCAGUGCCUCUCAGUACGGGACAGCGACACCCACAACGCUCCAUUGCAGCAGGCGGUUCUUGUGACUAGUGCACUGUGGUGCAGUGACGUUAUAGAGCAGGUGUCGACACCAGUGCAUCUUAGUACGGGACAGCGACACCCACAACGCUCUAUCGCAGCAGGCGGUUCUUGUGACUAGCGCACUGUGGUGCAGUGACGUUAUAGAGCAGGUGUCGACACCAGUGUAUCUCAGUACGGGACAGCGACACCCACAACGCUCCAUUGCAGCAGGCGGUUCUUGUGACUAGCGCACUGUGGUGCAGUGACGUUAUAGAGCAGGUGUUGACACCAGUGCCUCUCAGUAUGGGACAGUGACACCCACAACGCUCCAUUGCAGCAGGCGGUUCUUGUGACUAGCGCACUGUGGUGCAGUGACGUUAUAGAGCAGGUGUCGACACCAGUGCAUCUCAGUACGAGACAGCGACACCCACAACGCUCCAUCGCAGCAGGCGGUUCUUGUGACUAGCGCACUGUGGUGCAGUGACGUUAUAGAGCAGGUGUCGACACCAGUGCCUCUCAGUACGGGACAGCGACACCCACAACGCUCCAUUGCAGCAGGCGGUUCUUGUGACUAGUGCACUGUGGUGCAGUGACGUUAUAGAGCAGGUGUCGACACCAGUGCAUCUUAGUACGGGACAGCGACACCCACAACGCUCUAUCGCAGCAGGCGGUUCUUGUGACUAGCGCACUGUGGUGCAGUGACGUUAUAGAGCAGGUGUCGACACCAGUGUAUCUCAGUACGGGACAGCGACACCCACAACGCUCCAUCGCAGUUGGCGGUUCUUGUGACUAGCGCACUGUGGUGCAGUGACGUUAUACAGCAGGUGUCGACACCAGUGCCUCUCAGUACGGGACAGCGACACCCACAACGCUCCAUCGCAGCAGGCGGUUCUUGUGACUAGCGCACUGUGGUGCAGUGACGUUAUAGAGCAGGUGUCGACACCAGUGCCUCUCAGUACGGGACAGCGACACCCACAACGCUCCAUUGCAGCAGGCGGUUCUUGUGACUAGUGCACUGUGGUGCAGUGACGUUAUAGAGCAGGUGUCGACACCAGUGCAUCUCAGUACGGGACAGCGACACCCACAACGCUCCAUCGCAGCAGGCGGUUCUUGUGACUAGCGCACUGUGGUGCAGUGACGUUAUAGAGCAGGUGUCGACACCAGUGCCUCUCAGUACGGGACAGUGACACCCACAAAGCUCCAUCGCAGCAGGCGGUUCUUGUGACUAGCGCACUGUGGUGCAGUGACGUUAUAGAGCAGGUGUCGACACCAGUGCAUCUCAGUACGGGACAGCGACACCCACAACGCUCCAUCGCAGCAGGCGGUUCUUGUGACUAGCGCACUGUGGUGCAGUGACGUUAUAGAGCAGGUGUCGACACCAGUGCCUCUCAGUACGGGACAGCGACACCCACAACGCUCCAUCGCAGCAGGCGGUUCUUGUGACUAGUGCACUGUGGUGCAGUGACGUUAUAGAGCAGGUGUCGACACCAGUGCAUCUUAGUACGGGACAGCGACACCCACAACGCUCCAUCGCAGCAGGCGGUUCUUGUGACUAGCGCACUGUGGUGCAGUGACGUUAUAGAGCAGGAGUCGACACCAGUGCCUCUCAGUACGGGACAGCGACACCCACAACGCUCCAUUGCAGCAGGUGGUUCUUGUGACUAGUGCACUGUGGUGCAGUGACGUUAUAGAGCAGGUGUCGACACCAGUGCAUCUUAGUACGGGACAGCGACACCCACAACGCUCCAUCGCAGCAGGCGGUUCUUGUGACUAGUGCACUGUGGUGCAGUGACGUUAUAGAGCAGGUGUCGACACCAGUGCAUCUUAGUACGGGACAGCGACACCCACAACGCUCCAUCGCAGCAGGCGGUUCUUGUGACUAGCGCACUGUGGUGCAGUGACGUUAUAGAGCAGGAGUCGACACCAGUGCCUCUCAGUACGGGACAGCGACACCCACAACGCUCCAUUGCAGCAGGUGGUUCUUGUGACUAGUGCACUGUGGUGCAGUGACGUUAUAGAGCAGGUGUCGACACCAGUGCAUCUCAGUACGGGACAGCGACACCCACAACGCUCCAUCGCAGCAGGCGGUUCUUGUGACUAGCGCACUGUGGUGCAGUGACGUUAUAGAGCAGGUGUCGACACCAGUGCCUCUCAGUACGGGACAGCGACACCCACAACGCUCCAUCGCAGCAGGCGGUUCUUGUGACUAGUGCACUGUGGUGCAGUGACGUUAUAGAGCAGGUGUCGACACCAGUGCAUCUUAGUACGGGACAGCGACACCCACAACGCUCCAUCGCAGCAGGCGGUUCUUGUGACUAGCGCACUGUGGCGCAGUGACGUUAUAGAGCAGGAGUCGACACCAGUGCCUCUCAGUACGGGACAGCGACACCCACAACGCUCCAUUGCAGCAGGUGGUUCUUGUGACUAGUGCACUGUGGUGCAGUGACGUUAUAGAGCAGGUGUCGACACCAGUGCAUCUUAGUACGGGACAGCGACACCCACAACGCUCCAUCGCAGCAGGCGGUUCUUGUGACUAGCGCACUGUGGUGCAAUGACGUUAUUGUAAGCACAGACUUACCUUAAUUUGUUGUCGGUGCGAUUUUUAGCUAAGGAGAGAGCAAAUUCUAGUCAACAUUGGGUUGUGACAUGAUGACCUGCAUUUAUGUGAUAACAAAUAGCUAUUGCAGCUGUAUGUACAGAAUAUUUUUAUUGUACUAUAUGUGUGAAAAUAUUCCUCUUUCGUAGAAUUAUUUGUUGUAGAAUAAUUUUCAUAAAAAUAGAAAACAAGGGACUUUUUCAUAUCUUUAUUGACAAUUUGCAUUAAACAUGCAGUAAAUAAAAGUUUGUACCACUUAAUGUAAAAGUAUUUAUAAGUACAUUAAAACAAGUUUUUUGUAUCCCAGUUUAUAAAUUCCAUAGUCAACUUAAAUAGGCAA